AUGGUUGUACCCUCUUGGGCAAAAUUUAAGUGGAUGCUUUCUUCGGCCUUUGUUCCUAUUAAGUCUGUUUUUCCUAAUUAUGACUUUUUUGCAAGUGGUACGUAUAAGCGUACUGCUACUGGCAAGUUGUCUAUUAAUACUUUCCCUUGGAUUACUACUGCCCAGUUGACUGCUCUUUGUUGUUGCGGUGCAAGAAUGAGUAUUUGGCUCAAUUCUGUUGGUUCUCCUUCUGUAUCUGCUAAUGAUUAUGUUAAGGCUACUCCUUCUAGUUCUUCUGUCUUAAAGGAUAUUAUUAAUGCAGUUCGUAACAAUCCGAGUCUUUCUACUGUUUCUGCUGGUCAGCUAGAUCUAUUCCCUAAACAUUCAGGUAUUGCAUUUAAUGCCUCUUUCCUUUGGAAUAGCGGUAUUGGUUGGGACAAUAAUGUUAAUGUGAAGCAAGUUUGGCUACCUUUGGGUAAUACUCCAAAGUCCCUUGUUGGUACAGGCGUUAUGUGGGAUGAUGUUUUCUAUGGUUCUGAAGAUAUUUCUCCGUCUAAUGCUGACUUUGUUAUUGAGACUGAGAAAUAUGAAUCGUCUGAACCAUUGAAUCGUAAUUAUGCUAUUUGCUUCCGUCUUUCUGAUAAGGGUAAGUUGUUUGCAAAGUUGCUCCGUGGUUUAGGUUAUAAUCUUGACUUCCGUGCAGAUACUGCUGACGAUAGGGUGUCUAUUCUUCCUUUGCUGGCUUGGUAUCGUGCAUAUUUUCGCUUUAAUGGCAUUGAGCGUCUCCGUAACUGGGAGUCUACCUAUUGCCAUCAGUUGAUUAAUUGGAUUGAAACUAAUGGUGAUUCUGUCUGUGAUUUUGGUUUGACUUCCUCUCAAUGGGCUGCUCCCAAGACUUCUACGUCUUCUGCUCCUAUUUCUAUUUUUAUGAGGUUCUUUGUUAAUGAGCUGAUGGAUAGUUUCUAUCCUACGGAAGACUAUAAUUUCGUUUCGGCUCAUCGUGUUGACAUUACCGCACCUUAUUCCUCUAGUUCUGAUUAUCAGGCAGGUGAUGGAAAGCCUGAUGGUUCUUAUGCUACUUCUUAUUAUACUCCUCAAUGGCUUGAAAGUCAGAUUAAACUGGUUAAUUCCGCUAUUAAUGCAUAUGGCGGUAAUAGGCAAGGUACUGGCGUUGAGGGUACUACUGGUCAUACUUUGGGUAUUGAUGGUGAUGGUGCUGGUUUUCAGGCUACUGCAAAAGAUGGUGGUUUGUCGGCUAAUCUUGUUGAGGCUUUAAAGCGUUUGCAGCGUGUCACUUCCAAGCACGAUGUAUUUGGUCAGAAUGUUCGUGCAUUGAUGAAGGCUUUUGGUAUUGAUGGUUAUGAUACUGAUGAGCCUGUUGAUGUACUUGGAUUCCGUUCAUUUGAUUUGAACAUUUCUGAAGUGACUUCUCUUGCUGAUACUUAUGCUAAUUCUAUUACUGGUCGUUAUUUGGGUGAACAGGCUGGUAAGUCCGUAACCACAGGUGAUGAUGAUUAUAGUAAACCUAUUGUAUGCUCUACUGAUGAACGAGGAUUCUUCUUUGUUAUGGGCGGUAUAGUUCCUAUUAGUGGUUAUGUUAAUAUGGCUGACGAACAUAACUAUAUGGUUCAUCGUUCCCAGCAGUAUGAUAAGGAGUUUGAAGGUCUUGGAUAUGAUGCUACUCGUAUGGAGCGUCUUUUCGGAGAUAUCCGAGUCUCUAAUAAGACCUCUACUAUUAAGAAGCACGCUUUUGGUUUUGUUCCUCGUUAUUCUGCUCUCAAGGUUAAGCAUAAUGUUCUGAAUGGUGAUUUUAAUCGCCCUGCUAUGCGUGAUGCUUUGUUACCUUAUUCCAGUGAUAGAAAUAUCUCUCUUAUGCAGCCUAAUGGUGAUGUAAAGCAGAUUAUUGAUGCUGUUAAUGUAGGAACUAUUUAUGAAUCCACUUUCAACAGAUUUUAUAAUGAUUUUUCCAAACUUCCUCUUGCUGGCAAGGAAUGGGCUUAUUACUAUAAGUAUGGCUUUAUGGGUUGGUUGAAUCGUAUGUUUGUUAAUACUGACCCAAUAGGAAGUGUUAAUUAUUUUGGUGUCACUUCUUCUCAAAUUCCUAAUGAAUGGAUUAUUGAUACUUAUGAUAAUUUCAUUGUCCAUACUAGGGUCUUUAUGGAUUUGGAAAGUCUUGCUGCUGGUGCUGCUUCUGCUGGUGUUCAGCAGUAUUUUAAUGAAGGUAACUCUAAACGUGAGCAAGCUAAUUUUGAGAAGAAUCAAAAACAGGCUUACGAGUAUUCCCAAAUGGCUCAAGAGAAUGCAGUUCCUAAUGCAGUUAAAGGAUUAAAGAUGGCAGGUCUUAAUCAGCCUCUGCUGCACAAGGCUGGAAUGGCUAAUUUUCCGAUUGCUGAAAGUGUUCUCGCACUCGCACAGGCGAAGAAAACUAAUGAGUUGAUGGAUGCGCAGCGUGAUAAUAUUAACGCUGAUACUGCUAAUAAGUUGCAAGGUGUAGAGACAGGUAAGUCGCAGGUUGGAGUUAACGAGGCGCAGGGUGAAAAGUUACGUUCGGAGACCCAACUUAAUCAGUAUCAAUAUCACGUUCAGCGUGAUGUAGAUGGUUCUAUUUUUGAAAAUCUUAUGACUGAUAGACGAGAUGAUAUGGAAGGUUAUUUCAAGAGUCUUGGUCUUGACAUUAAUAAUCCUGAUGACGUUAAACAGGCAAAGGAAUCCUUUACAUCAGGUAGUCUUCAGGGAGAGGUUAACUAUUUCAAGAUGUCUGCUGAUAAGAUUGAGCAUAUGAAUAGGGAAUCCAUCGCAAUGGAGUUCAAUAACAAUCCUGAACUUUCCGAGGCCGUUGCUUGGAUGCCUUAUUAUGAGAAGCAUAAACUUAUUACGGAUAUUGCUCACGUCAAGGUGCAGGCUGAAAAGGAAAUUGCUUUGCGUGAUAAGUUACAGGCUGAUACAUCUCUAUCAAGGCAGCAAAAGGAAAAUCUUGUAAAGGAGAUUCAAAAGAUUGGUGCUGAAAUUGGAGAGAUUAAGGCAAGGACAGAUCGUGUGACUUCGGAGAAGUUCCGUAAUUAUGCAAUUGGUGCUAGUUCAAUUACUGAUAGUGCUUGGAAGAUUGUUGAAUCUUUCUUGCCUAAAGCAGCACUUAAAAAUAUUUCUGAAAAUCCUCCUUCCAAAGCAAAUUAUAAGUAUACUGAAUGGGAAAGUGUUAACGGAAUGAAGGGAAGAACACACACAUAUUUCCCUGAAGGAGAUUAA